AUGCAUGGUUGUCAUGGUGUUAUAGGAAAAAUUAGUCCUGAGUAUGUCUCACUUGAUGGUCAUUUGUAUUGGAUCAAUUGUUCAGCUGACCAGUCCUCAGUACCAGAGUCAAUUGUGAUUUUCUCGAUUAUAACGAGAGAAAUCAAUAUUUUGCCUAUACCAGUACAAUUUCGAUCACAUUGUCAUAAGAUCUUAAGUUAUCAGGAAAAGGUUUGCUUCAUUUCUUACCCUGGAAGUGUAGAUAACUGUCGUGUAUCCAUGUGGAGCAUUGAACGAAGAAGGAAUGAUUCUUUCUCAUGGAAGGGAAGACUCAAGUUACAAGGUGUAAAGAUAUACGACCAUCCUAGAUUAUUUAUAGACAAAGAUCUCAUUACAUUAACGGAUGAGAGUAUACAUACAGGAAGACCUUCCAAUGAAAUUAGAAUCAAAGACCAGAUUCCUCACAGUGUCACACAUUCAAAGAAGAUUAUUCUGUUGGUAGACGACCUCUUGCUGAAAUACAAUCAGUUUCCCGUGCAUCUCAUUUGUGCCAAACAUUGUGCAAGUCUAAAAACUAUUUUGUUUCAAGGAUGUACUGCACGAGAGAGUAUUGUUACGGAAAUAAACAAUAGUUCCCAAAUUCAGAGAAAGUCUACAAGAAAUCGUGAUACUUCCCGACGAAUAGAUGUAACAACACAACAUGCAACUCUAUCAGGAGAACAUCUUGGGAAGACUUCCUCUCAUAUUCAACCAGGCACGGUGGAAGAGGACAAUUCUAUUUGUGACGAUCACGAUGAAACACAUGAAGACCAUGCUGAAGAACCACAUAAUUUACCGCCUGACACUAUGUUGCAAAAUGAAAGAGAAGGUUAUUUAGAUAUGGGGGAUCCAGAUUUUGAGUGCGAGCACUGUGGCGCUAGGUUCUGUUCUGACAAAGACGCAGAUAAAUGGAAUGUUCACAUAGUUUCAGACAUUAUACAAAUGCUAGAUACACAUAAUGUUCUUACCAAAUCUUUUCGUUUGAUGCGGGAUGUCCUGACUAAUAAUCCCCAAACAAACAUGCGUCUUAAGCUCAUUGGAAAAAGAGGUAGAGAUGGAAGAACAUACAACUUGCCAUCAGUUGAUGAGGUUGCAGGCUUGGUUGUCAGAGAUUUUGAUCCACAUACACAAGGAAGGGAUAUUAUUGUUGAAACAAAGUCUGGUGAACUUAAACGGAUUUCUGAACUACAUCCGUCAUACCUAGGAUUACAAUACCCUUUAUUGUUUCCAUAUGGUGAAGAUGGUUGGAGGGAAAAAAUUUCAUUGAAUAUAGUUAACACCAAUCCUAACAAUGAAAGCUCCUAUGUAAGUAUGAGGGAUUUCUUUGCUUUCAGAAUACAACAUAGAAAUUUACGUGAGGGUGUUUUGAUCUAUUCUCGAAGACUUUUUCAACAAUUCAUAGUUGAUGCCUACUCAAUGAUUGAAGCUUCUAGGUUGAAAUAUGUGUACUCAAAACAAAAAGAAUUUAGAGCUGAAAUCUAUAAGGGACUAAAAGAUGCAAUUCUCAAUGGAAAAACUGAAGCAUCUAACAUUGGAAAGCGCAUUAUUCUACCGGCAACCUUUACAGGUGGACCAAGAUAUAUGAUCCAAAAUUAUCAAGAUGCAAUGGCCAUCUGCAGAUCAAUUGGUUAUCCAGAUUUAUUUAUUACAUUUACUUGCAAUCCACAAUGGGAAGAAAUCAAACGUUAUUGCAAAGAGACCAACUUGAAGCCUGAAGACAGACCUGAUGUAAUUUGCAGGUUAUUCAAAGCAAAGUUGGAGAAGCUUAUCAAAGACAUUCAUAAAAAUAGAAUUUUUGGUGUUUCCAAAGCAGUGAUAUAUACCAUCGAGUUCCAGAAACGUGGAUUGCCACAUGCGCAUAUAUUACUAUUUCUUGCAGCAGAAUAUAAAUAUCCUUCUCCAGAAGAUAUUGACAAAAUCAUAUCAGCUGAGAUCCCAGAUCCAUUACAUGAUCCAAAUUAUUAUGAAGCAGUUAAGCAUUUUAUGGUACAUGGGCCAUGUGGGCUUGCAAAGAAAAACUCCCCUUGCAUGGAAAACGGUCAGUGCAUUCGUCAUUUUCCAAAAAAAUUCGUUGAUUUUACUACCAUUGAUCAGAAUGGAUAUCCAAUAUAUAGGCGUCGAGAUGAUAAUAGAACCAUUGAGGUUUCAGGUAUUGAGUUGGAUAAUCGUUAUGUUGUGCCUCAUAAUAGAUUCCUAUUGUUAAAAUAUGGUGCUCAUAUAAAUGUUGAGUGGUGCAAUCAAUCACGUUCAAUCAAGUAUCUAUUCAAGUACAUUAACAAAGGAAAUGAUAGAGUAACAGCAUCUUUCUAUUCAAAUUCAGCAGUUGAUCGUCCUAAUUUCAUUGUAGAUGAAAUAAAAAUGUUUUAUUAUUGUCGCUACAUCUCUCCAUGUGAAUCUGCUUGGAGGAUAUUUGCAUAUGAUAUACAUUAUAGGAAACCAUCAGUUGAACGGCUGAGUUUUCACUUGCCUGAUGAGCAGACAGUUCUAUUUGAAGAUAACGACACAUUGCAAACCACGGUAAACAGAGCAAUAAUCAAAGAAUCAAUGUUCAUAGCAUGGUUCAAAGCAAAUGCAACUUAUGAAUCAGCCAGACUAUUAACUUACAAUGAAUUCCCAACUCAUUUUGUCUGGAAACGAAGCAUCAGAACUUGGGAACCAAGAAAAAGUGCUCAAGUAAUUGGUAGAUUAUUCUUUGUCCCACCAUCAUCCGGUGAAUUAUACUAUCUUAGAAUGCUAUUGAAUAUUGUAAGAGGUCCAACAAGUUAUGAAGAUGUUAAAACAUACAAUGGUGUCAUCUACUCUUCAUUUAGAGAUGCGUGUUAUGCACGAGGUUUAUUAGAUGAUGAUCAAGAAUAUGUUGACGCAAUUGAAGAAGCAAGUCACUGGGGAUCUGGACACUAUGUGCGCAAACUUUUUGCAACACUUUUAUGGUCAAACACAAUGGUACGACCUGAGGCCGUUUGGGAAAAAAGUUUUGGGCUAUUAUCAGAUGGCAUACUACAUGAUCAUAUCACCAUGUUUAACUCACCAGAUUUGACUCUGUCUGAAUCUGAGUUAUUACAACUGACUCUGAUUGAAAUCGAGCAAAUACUUAAUAGUAACGGAAAGACACUGCGUGAUUUUCCAACAAUGCCAUAUCCUAAUAUGGAAAACAUACACCUUCAACGGCGGGGAAUUAUGCAAAAUAAAUUAAUACUUGAUGAACUAUCUUAUGAUCGUGUUUUCUUAGCAGAACAACACAGUCAAUACUUAGCACAAAUGACAUCGGAACAGAAGACCGUUUAUGAUAAAAUUAUUGCUGUCGUGAACUCAAAUUCAGGAGGAGUUUUCUUUUUAUAUGGAUAUGGAGGUACAGGUAAGACUUUUAUUUGGAAAACAUUAUCUGCUGCUAUUAGGUCAAAAGGUGAAAUUGUCUUAACAGUUGCUUCGAGUGGUAUAGCAUCUCUUUUAUUACCUGGAGGAAGAACAGCUCAUUCCAGAUUUGCAAUACCUCUUACUCCUGAUGAAUAUUCUACUUGCAACAUUAAACAAGGAAGUCCAUUGGCAGAGUUAAUUUCUGAAACAAAACUUAUUAUUUGGGAUGAAGCACCAAUGAUGAAUAAGUUCUGUUUUGAAGCACUAGAUCGGACUAUGAGAGACUUGCUUCGUUCUACUAAUGAUUCAAGUUUAUCAUUACCUUUUGGUGGUAAAACUGUAGUCUUUGGCGGAGAUUUCAGGCAAAUUCUUCCAGUUAUCACAAAAGGGUCUCGACAGGACAUUGUUAAUGCUUCAAUUAACUCUUCUUACCUGUGGCAUGAGUGCCAAAUUUUGAGCUUAACACAGAAUAUGAGAUUAAGAACUUCAACUGGAAUUCACAAUAGUGAGGAAUUGAAAUCGUUUGCAACGUGGAUCUUGAAUGUAGGUGAUGGAAGGCUUGGACAACUAGAAGAUGGAUGUGGGUUAGUUGACAUACCACAAGAACUUUUACUGACAGAUUUUAAUGACCCAAUCCAAGCAAUUGUUGAAGCAAUUUAUACUGACUAUCUAAAGGACUAUUCAAACAUACAACAUUUGCAAGGAAGGGCUAUCCUUGCGCCAACUAUUAGCGUUGUUGAAGAAGUUAAUGAUUACAUGCUCUCUUUGAAUAACAAUGAAAUGAAAAGAUACCUAAGUUCAGAUUCGCCUUGCUUUAAAGAAGGAGAUAAUGACACAUUAGCUAGCAUACACACUCCAGAAUUUUUAGCAACCGGUCUGUGUAAUGGAACUAGAUUGGUUAUCACAAGGCUAGGCAACAAAGUAAUCGAAGCUAAGGUCUUAUCAGGAAGCAAUAUUGGAGAAAAGUGUCUGUUGAGGGUCCUUAAAAAGGAGAACUCAAUCUUAUUAACUGCCUCUUCAGUGUUUCUUCCAAUUCACCCAAUGAUGGUUUCAGUUAUUCACACUAGGCUGAUAGAGCUUACAAGGCAGCCAGAAGCACCAGAUAGGGCAGUGGCUCAAUGGCAUCUCUGGAAGAGCGUAGUGGCAGAAUGGUGUGCCGCACUGGAAGAGGAGAUGAUUAGGAGAUCUUGA